AGACACGAGCAUUGUUACCAGUCAAAGUAGAAGCACUUGAACAGCAACGCAGGCAUGCUCACUCUACUACCGCUCAGCGGUAUCCAAGAUGUGUUCAAGCGCCGCAACAGUACGACCAUGGAGCAGUUCACCGACCGCCGCGGCUCGAUCAGCGUCUACGACACGUACUCGCUCCCCAACUCCAAGGCCGACAUGCGCCGUUUCUCGAGCUACGAGCAACUAGCGCCGUUCUUUCAGCAGAUCCUCUCGCAGCAGGAGGGCAUCGUUGGGAGAGUCGCUUCCACGCCCGCUCCCGCUCCCGUCCCCACCUCCCCGUCCACCGCGUCCACCUCCAGCACCAGCCCGACCAUCCCGUCGCCGCUCGUGCGGUCCCGUCGCGGCUCCAUCGGCAGCCGGUUCGCCAGCGCGCUCACGGGCUCGUUUCGCCGGCAGAAGUCCGCAUCCUCCUUCGCGAGACCGGUCUACGAGAGCGAGCCGGAUGUCAGCUGCGAGGACUUGGACGCUAAGCUCGCGGAAAUCAAUGGGAAACUGGCUCAGUUCAAAUCAGAAGACCUCGACAUAUCGCAGAGAGUUGAAGACUUGUCCAGCUCUGUGGAGGAGCUCUACGUGAGCACGCCAGAAUGCUACUCCCCACUUUGUCACCAGGACCGGCUCUACAGCCAGCUUCGCGAGGACAAAAUGCGGAUGCAUCGCUCGAAUUCAUUUCAGAACUACCACUCUCCCUCCCUCUCUGGACUCCAGUCCAUCAGCGAGAACGACAGUGAGCUAGGCAGAGACACGCACCGGGAGGAACUGGAAGAGGAGGCUGAAGAACCACAGGCGAGACCCCACGGGCAGGUGACUCUGCGACGCUCCACCCCAGUCCAGCGCUCCAGACCGUCUUCCUACGCGUCCAUCUCGGAGGAACCCGAGCCAACAAUCCCAGAUUCGACCACCACUGACACCAAGGUAUACUGUCUACCAAACAACACACUCAGACUAGCCCCGCCCACUGGUAGAGCAAAGAGCCUGUCCCAGAUCCCACACGUCAUCCGGAACGAUUUGUCGUCGCGGCACGCGGACCCAGCAGAAACUUCCAGAAAACGAAACUCUGUCAUCUCCAUAAUGUCCGACUCUGUCCUCAUCACCCACCGCCACUUGCCAGCAAUGAGAUCUCUACUAAAGGAACAAGAGCUCUGAGACUGCCUGGCUCUUGUCCCCAGCACACAAACUGUUCACAGACCAGGUAUACCACACUGCUCACGAAACACGCUGACAAAUCAAUAACAGAGGAACACUUAGCGUUCAACAUCUGAUGUGUGGAAGCGAAAUGUUGGAUGCAAACAUGACACAAGUACAACAGUCACUGACUGGCACUGUUUGGAACUUUCUUCUGAACUACAAUCACAUCCUCUGACUCCCCGACAUAUCCCUUUUUGUCGUGCAUGUGUCUGUGUGUGUCAUUCUUGUGCUCUGAACACCAGCUUCAUUUUCUGGUCAUAUUAUUAUUAUUAUCAUGAUGCUAUGAUCGGUCAGAUAUUUUGUUUGUCAAAUAUGCCAUUGUAUGUAUUGUGUGUGCACAACAGUUUCCAAAACUGAAGAAUUGGAUUCAACAU